AUGAAAGCGAUUUCUGACGCUUGGGAAAAAGAAUACUACGCUGGAAAUCUUGUGGGAACCAUUGAUAAUUAUUUCCACACUGAUGCCGUAGUCGUACAGAAAGGAGUUGGUGCGCAAUAUGGCAAAAAGGCCAUAAAAGAGAUGUUCAGUAAAAUGGAAGAGGAAUACGGACAAGUAAAAUUUGAGCGGAAGAAUGAGAAAGCGUGUGGUUGUGACUGCUGUAUAUGCAUGUCUUGCGAAGUCAUCAUUGACUCACCAAAGAAGGGUAAAGAGCGUGGAAAUUCUUUCCAAAUUUGGAAGCAAGAAGAUGGAAAAUGGAAGUUGUACCAUGACGAAUUUGAAAUUCUAAAGUGA